CCUAUUUUACUUCCUUGAUAGCACUCGCAAUUACAGGGAUACACUGCAAAAACGUCAAAAGUCGUCCCUCACGUUCUCUGUCCUCUACUACCCCUAAUUCCCACAGUUAGUUCCAUUACGUCUCCUAACAAACAGUUUUUUAACACGUGACCCAUUUGUCUUGUCAAUCUCCGAUUAUUUAUCAAUAUUUUUGCAACAUGCGCAACCAAAUUUCUGUACCUACUCUCCACGUUUUUAAUGCUAUUUUGCUUUGCCAGCGGUAUUAUGAACUCCUUCGGCCAUUCCCCACUUAGAUCAUUUUAUAAAUCUGUCAACUCUUCAACCCUUCUCCUUGCAACCAUUUUAAAAAAUUUACUGGAAUACCAUCUACACCUUCAGCCUUGCCAUCUCCUCCAAUCUGGGCUCGGGAAUGCAUUUUUGUAAGUAUAUAGCGACCGAAGCAUCGGCCCACAAGCAAAGGACAAAAAAUAGUAUAUUAGGAGACAACUCUUUAAAGCACGCGCAACGAAUUUAAAGGCACGACGCGUAGCGGAGUGCCUCUAAAUGUUGCAAGGGCUUUAACGACCAAUUAUACAGGUUAUAGUAUUUGUGAUUAUACCUGAAAUAUAAUCUAAAAAUAAGGUAAAUAAAGUAAAAAUUGUGGGAGGUUUAUUCGCAACUCCACAAUCGCCACGGAAAUGUCACAUGACGUUUGCUUAUAAAAAUCACAGUCUUUGUCAAUAAAAUGACUUCAGUUGAAAAAGAUAAUACACCGUCCAUUCAAAGGCUGGUUGUAAAACCAGAAUAAAAGUUGGUAGGUGCAAAAUCCAAAUCCAGUAAAGCCUAUUAUAAUGAAUCAGAAAAUCAAUAAUGCCCGGCAUAUAUGAAGGAGAUCUUAAAGGUAUUUUUAAUCUUCUAUCACUUGGUGCAUUCAUUCAAAACUUCAAGCAAUGCUACGGUUAAGAAAUGAAACGGAUUUGGUAGUAUACUCUAAAUUACACGCGUUUGGGAAAGCUUCAAACAAAGGAUAGGUAUAAGCAUAAGCCAAAGUAAUCCUUUGCAUUUACAGAAAGCGACUACUCGCGAAUACUCUUUCUCCAAUGCUAGUUAUAAAUACCUAAAAUCGAAGCCAGGAUUGCAUCACAAAUCGCAGUGUGUUUCAGGUGGAGAGGGUCCACAUUUACAAAACGUAGAGUACUUGAGUCAUCCAGCAUAUCAAACUACGCAGUAAUCAACAAGUAGUAAGCAAUUGACCAUUGACACUACGAUAAUUUCCACUCUAAACAUCAGUACCAAUUUUAGACAAGCCGAAUAUGUUUCUACCCUUACUAGUGUGCUUCUUUGUGCUUCUCAUAUACUACACUCUGUUUAAGCCGUUAACUUAUUGGAAAGAUCGAAACGUGCCACACAUAAAGCCAUGGCCAGUACUGGGAAACGCCCUACCGAUGCUGACCGGGAAACAUUCGAUCACAGAGUUCAUCGAAAUGAUUUACCAUCAGUUUCCGAAUGAAAGGUACGUCGGCAUUUUCUCGUUCCGCAAUCCCCAACUGAUGAUUAAGGAUUUAAACCUAGUUAAACGGAUCGGAGUAAAGGAUUUUGACUAUUUCACAAAUCGCACUGUGCAAAUAACCGAAAAGGUAGAGCCGUUGUUUGGUAGGGCGCUGAUUUCGCUGCUCGAUCAGAAAUGGCGCGACAUGCGAGCGACUUUAAGUCCCACGUUUACCAGCAGCAAGAUGAGGUUCAUGUUCAAUUUGGUUUCCGACUGCGCGGUGCAAUUCGUUGACCAUUUCCUGGACGAGGAUGAUGGGGAUGUGAUCGAGGUUGAUACCAAGGACGUUUCCACUCGAUUCACGAACGAUGCAAUAGCCACCGCCGCGUUUGGCAUCCAUUUAAACUCACUGGAGGACAAGACCAACGAUUUCUUCUUGAUGGGAAAGGACCUGAACAACGUUACAACUUGGCGUGCUUUAAAGCUACUUGGAUACUCGAUCUUUCCCGCGUUAAUGAGGUUGUUAAAGGUGCCACUACUUCCCGGCAAGUAUUUAGGGUUUUUCACGAACAUCGUGAAGGGAAACAUCCGCGAACGAGAGGAGAAGGGACUCGUUCGGCCGGAUUUGAUUCAUAUUCUGCUCGAGAGGAGGCAGGGCAAAGGAACAGAUGAGGAUGUGGUUCCUCCAAAGGAAUUUGCAAUCUCUAAUGAGGUAGCUGUUGAAAGUCGGCGAAUCGUGGAACUCACUGACGAAGAUAUUGUCGCUCAAGCACUAAUGUUCUUUUUCGCCGGAUUUGAGACCACCUCCACAUUAAUAUGCUUCAUGUGCCAUGAGCUCGCGGCGAAUCCAGAUGUGCAGCAAAGGUUGCAAGAAGAAAUCAAUGACGUAUUGAAGCGUUGUGAUGGAAAAGUAACGUACGAAGCGCUUUUGAGCAUGAAGUACUUAGACAUGGUUGUAUCUGAAACACUAAGGCUGUGGCCUCCUGGCAUUUUACUUGAACGAGUAUGCGCAAAGGAUUACGCAAUUCCAUCCGACGAUGGCCAACGCUCGAUUACUGUGAAGAAAGGAGUUAGCGUUACUGUACCAGUAUUUGCAAUACACCGUGACCCGAAGUACUUCAGCGAUCCAAACUCCUUUUCCCCGGAGAGAUUUAGUGACCAAAAUAAGUGCACGAUUAAGCCAUUUUCAUACCUACCCUUUGGUGUUGGACCUCGCAUCUGCAUUGCAUCACGCUUUGCGCUAAUGGAGACUAAAAUUCUAUUCUUUCACCUGCUGUCGAAGUUUGAAUUGGUUCCUACGAAAAAAACAACCAUUCCUAUGGUUCUAACCAGAAAGAAGAUUAUACUAGCUCCAGAAAAUGGGUUUUGGGUUGGUCUUCGUCGUAGAAGUACACCUUCACAUUAAACAUUUCCAAUUUCCCUAGCGAUAAUUAUUAUUAAAAAUGAUUCAGUCGUCAUAUAAUCAAUCAUGGAAAUACAGUUACGAAACCAAAAAGAACAUUGCGACAUCCCCUCUUGAACAGUCAUAAAGCGAGGGCACGCCCGCUGUUGAAUGGAUGCCUAAAAUCUGCAAAUAUGUAUAAUUCUGUAUUACACUUUAAAAAAACCUAGGGUGAACGGCAUUACAAAAAUUAAAAAAAAUGGGAUUCUAUAGUCUCCCUAACAUGGGGUUCUUUAACAUUCCUACAACGUUCUUAGAGUCUUUCUAGAAUAUUCUUACAAUAUUCUUCAAAAGUGGCUUUUAAAUUAGUUACAUGUUGUGGAAGAAGUCCUAAAUAUUGUCCCACAAGUGUUUUUCAACACCAAUAGUGUAUAUUAAAAGAGAUACUUGUGUUGUUUAAAUGUAACCUAUAACUUUUGCAUCAUAAAUAAAGCAAACGAUGUAUUA